AUGACUGCUCAGCAGUUGCCGCCACACUUGCUGGCGGUAUCGACUUUGUCGUGCCGCAAAGAUGGCACGAGGAUCGACAUCGAACCACAAGCUCAGGUCCCGGCCACAAUAGUUGACUUCAAGGAGGCAGCGAUUCACUCCACACCACUCCAAAGAUCCGUUUCUACAGAACUCAGUUCCUGUGCUUCGGAAAGCAUACCUGGCAAACUCGGAGAAGAAAACAGCACACCGCACUUGUAUCUACACUCCGAGUUCUCGAUUCCCAAUACACAAAAGGCAGCGAUGACGGCAACAGUUGGAGAGGAUCUCAACAUCCAGCUUUGCAAGAUCAAAGUUAAGAUUCCCAAGGAGAAUGAAGUGGUGGUUAGGAUUGCUUGGACGGGCAUGUGUCGCAGCGAUGCCUGCUUUUCCGUUGGACCUGAGCCAGGUUUCCCUAGCCACAGCCAUAUCGCGGGACAUGAGGGCAUAGGACAUGUGGUUGCCAGCUACGAUCCUUGUCUACUCGGACGCCCAGUGGCAACCCGCUACAUUGGAUACACGUGUCAGACGUGCAGAUUCUGCCUUGGUGGCCUCCCAGAGUCAUGCCCCAGCCACACGGCUUUUCCAAAACACCAUCAAGGCACGUUUCAGCAAUACAUGACUGCGCCGUGGUCCUCCUUGGUUCCCUUGCCCAGGUGGGUGUUUGACACAAAAAGCGGCGUCUGGCCUGGGGCCUACACCGCAGCUCUGUGCUCCGGCUCUACAGCAUUAAAGGCUGUCCAGACUACAGAUAUUCACGCCGGAGAUGUUGUCGUGGUUGUUGGCGUUCUUGGCGGGAUUGGGCAUCUCGUUGGACAGAUUGCAAAGCGAGUUUUUGGCGCCAAGGUUAUAGGCGUGGACAUUGAAGAAAAGGUCACGACAGCUAUAGGGGAAAAAUAUGGCCAUUGCUACGAUCGACUGCUCGCAUCACCGUAUCUAGCUGAUGCACCGUCGUGGGAAGCCUUUGUGCAGAAUCUACACGAUGUGUGUAAAGAUCUUCGUGGCAACAAGUUUGAUCACAACCGUGCAGAUUCAGUAAUUGUUACAGCAAGCAGAUACGAGGCUUUCCAUGGACUGGAUAGCUAUGUCCGCGACGGAGGAUCUAUUACAUGCGUCGGGUGUCCCAGAGGAAAUGGAAUGUUCACGAUCCCCUUGGUCAGUGCUUUGAUCGAGAGACAGCUCAAAGUUCAGGGCUGCAUGAUGGGAGGUGUACAAGGUGCCUACGCAGUGAUGGACUAUAUAAGGUCAGGACUGAUCGAGGUCAUGACGCAAGAAAUCCCCUUGGAAGACGUGACAGAUCGUAUGGGUCAAUUUCUCGAUUGCAAGAAUUCUGGCAAGCUAGUGGUGCGUGUGAAUGGCAGCCUGCCAACGUGA